GCGUACCGGUUGGAAAGCAAGUGCUUUGUCCGUCCCCAAGAGCUUCAACACUGGCCCAAACAUAUAUAUAUAUAUACAAUAUAUAUGAGCCCCGCCCAUUCAGGACGCCUGCCAGCCUGUCCUCCGGUCUGCUUCACUUGCCAACGUGCUCUUGACAAGGUGCUUCAAGCAUCACACCGCAACUGACAAUGCUCGACGUCGCGGCGCUCGUGCAGCAGAUGCGCGACACCCUCUCGGAGAUCCAUGACACCAUAACGUCGCUCGACACCAAGGGCCAUGACGAGAAGCUGGACGAGCUCGAAUCGCAGCGGGACGAGAUCUUUCGCCAGCUGCAGUCAGCAUUCGAAAAGGAGUCUGCCGAGCUGGAGCAGCGCCGGCAGGCUGAGCGCCACGAGAUCGCCGAGAAGCGGCGGAGGGAGGACGAGGAAAUAGCGGCGCGCCGCAGGAGGGAAGACGAGGAAACGGCCUCAAGAGAUGACGAUCACGAUGCCGAGAGGCAGCACAAGCUGGAGAGUGAGAAGGAGAGCGUUGAGCAGGAGACGGACGAGAAGAUGGACGAUGUCGAGGAAGAAGCAAGGCGCAUGCUAGACGAGGGCCACAGCAAACUGAAGGACCUGGAAGAGAGGCGAAGAGAAAUCAACCGCAUGAUCGACGAACAAAUGAAGGCACCCCUGCCACCUCCACCAUCCCGGAGAGCCAGGCGCAGCGCCAGGGCCUCAUCGGGGAGAGUGCCUAAUCAGCCGGACUCGGAUCGGCAACAUGAGCCCGCUGCGCGCCUCGAGGCCGAGGGAAGGAGAGAUGACGAGCUCACCCAAGCCGAGCAGAAACCGGCUGAGCCCCGGCCGGAACCAAGUAGCCCGGAGCAGGCAUCGCCUGAAACGGACUCACCCUCCCAAGACCAGCCGCAAAGGCAGGCCGCAGGAUCUGUAAGCCUGCAAAAGGACCUUGGCAACAAGCCAGCUAGCCACGACGACCACAGUCAGCUUCACACGACCGGCAAAGUGGACACAGAAGUAGCCAAAUCCUUGGCAGAAGACAACGCGCCAGCCGCUCAUCAGGUGAGCGACGAGGACCAACAUGGCUCUGGCCAGACCCCAGGUCAAGCGGCAUCGGCCAGCGCCCCGAGUGACGCGGGAGACUCUGCCCAGAAGAGCCCAGACGACGAGGAAGUUGUGGGUGCGAGCUCUGACGUCAAAGAACAAGAGCUCAACUGUGACCACGGGCAACAACCUUCCCGCAGUCUCAAUGGAGCCGAUUCGACAGACACGCCGUCUCAAAACCCCAACCAGGCUCUGGAAGCGGAGAACAAGAGCAUAGACAUCAGCCCCGACACUGCUAAACAAGCCACGGAACAAUCAGCUGCGGGAGACCCACAGGGAGCUCCUCCGAGCCACGAGAAGCCUGCAUCUUCCGAUCCAUUGGCCCCAAAUGAAGUUGACACCAACAAGACUCCGGCUGCCGAGGACAAGUCAGGGCAGAACCCCUCUCAGCCCGCAGCUGAUGGCCCAGAAACUUCAGAUGUCCCAUCGGAGAAUGACGGACGAGAAAGUCCCGACCAUGACAGCCUUUUUCAUGGGGUUGCCAAAGGGGGUGCUGCGGAGGAAUAUGUCAGGAUGGCAGAGAAUGAGUCCGUGCCGGAGCCACAGAUCGGAGGCAAUACGUCUGCUGCGCCAGACCAAGAUCCAUGCAGUGGAAACGGCCAGCAGCAUGAAGAACAUCGAGAUCCCGGCCGCGGCUUCGAGGGGCCCGAGCCAACCCAAGCAGAUAUCUCAACGACCGAAGAAGCCACCCCCGAAUACACCGGGCUGGCAAAGGACGACCAGCAGCCGUCAUCUGCGACCCCUCCCGCUGAUUCCGCCGAGCCAAAGGGAGAAUCGCCCGUCGAGGGCGAGCAGAGCAGCGACCAUUUACAAAGCAGACACAGCGAGAGUGUUGAUCAGCAGGAACCAAACCAAGAGCCAACACUGGACCGACAACAGCAUCGGCCAAGUGAGCACUCAGGACUCGACCAUUCACGAGAACCAGACAGUUCUUUCACUGGGCACGCGCAUCCGCCUGCACCCUCCCCGAAUAGUCCAGAUGCAGAUUCUCCAUACGGCGAACAAAUACAAGAGCCAGGACAUGGGGGCCAGCCCCAGAGUGGUAAUAAAUCGCCAUCGUCAGGGUUUCAACAACGGGAUCUCGAACCGACCUAUCAUGAAGACACUGAGCUCGGAACAUCCAACUCGGCCGAGACAUCGUUGUCAGAGGAGGACCAUAGUGGCUCGAAAACAGCAGAAGGUCAACGAGAACCUCACGGUGACGAGCAAUGCGGAGGUGCUCCGCGGGCCAUGGAUGGCGAACGAGAGCACCCCGAACAUGAUGCGGGGUCUCAACUUGAAUCGGAUCCUGCCGGUCAACAAGGUCUAAGCAGCUCAAAUCUGAGUGUGCCCGCCACACCUAGCCAUGACGCCCAGGUUGAAAAGAACCCAGGCGGAAGUGGAGAACAGGAAGGCCAUGGUGGUCAGGAAUCGCCCCAGGAAAGGACGCAGUCUCAAAACCCCAAGGAGGAACAUGCUGGCGGGGACACUGAGGAGCAAUUAACACAAGAAAGCUCGCAUGAUACCCCAAACGUAGUGGAACCCAACGAAUUGGACGCUCCGCCCCACGAACUAGCUAGCGAGCACGAAACCGGCGGCAAACGAAGUGAUUCAGGCUACGAGACCGGAAUGGUCAGCAGUCGAAGUUUGGAAGACCCCUCUGCUACGUUACGUGAAGGCCAACCCGCGCAGGGAGCAGAGCACUCCUUUGCCAUCGCAUCUGCCACCGCAUCUCCGGAAGGGGAGCAAGAAAAGACGAGGGACUCGCGUCCACCAGAGCAGAUUCUCGAGGGCUCGGGAAAAGACGCGUCUCCUCCCAGACUGGGAGGAGAACACGACUCAGGCAGCCAUCUGGUAGAAGAGACUUUCGAUCGCUCAGGUAGUGGGCCUAUACCUGGCCCUGUGACACACGGGAAAGACCAAGCCGGGAAUCAGGGCGAGGAGCUCGCUGGUGGAGAUGUCAGCUCGCAUGGCAUAAGCCAUCAGCAGCCAGUUGACAAUGAUGCCGUCGGAUCCACAGCAGAUGAGAGCCGACGAAGCCUGGAUAUCUACGACUCCCGCAAGAGUCCAUCUGAAUAUGGUGAGGGCUUGUUGCCACACGAGUCGUCACAACAGGCCGAUGACGACCAUGUGCAAUCCGAGUCUCAACCCAUUUCUCAUGAACCAGAUAGCACCAGGUCAGCGGACUCGGAAAGCCAAGGCACGGAAGAGCAGUUGCGGCAGGGGGGCUCUCAGAGCGCAGCCGGUACCGUCGGCCAUGAGGCUUCUGGUCACACUGAGGGUAGUAUGGAGCCUUCUGACACCACUGCACCUCAAGAUCAGGGAUCCGCGCCCAGCACUGGCCAAGCUGAGAAAUCGUACCCUGAUGAUGACGUCAAAACCACAGCGGUCCACGGCGCGGAUGAGCUUCCACAAGAAACACCAGUGCGGGGCGACGAUGCCGUUAUUCCUGCGCCUCAGGAGCCGGUCUCUGACCAAAGCGUUUCUUACUCUUCAGAUGCUCGCGACUCAAGUCAAGAUCAAUUCGGAUCCUGGAAUAGCCGAGCCUUCAGCCGACCGGCCCACGAUCACGAGUUCAGCUUCAAAAAAAGAGCAGAUUCAGUUCAAGUCGGCAGGUCCCAAGGGCUCGCAGAUAGGGGUGCCGACUUGCCUUCUAUUAACACAGAUGGUCCCAACGAGGACGCCGACGAAGGUCUGUUUGCUGUGCCUCCUACGCCGCGACAUGAGGUGGAGCCUGAGAGAUCUAGUCGGGCCAGCAGCCGAGAUGGCUCAGCUAGAGAUGACACUUUGCCCUCUCGGGCGGCGGAGGGACUACAAGAUCCGUCUUCUGAGGGCAACGACCGAGCAUCUCUCCCAGAAACUGCUGCAAGCGAAAAUGACAUGGAUCAUAAUGAUCCAUCACAUAGCGGGGGUGACGGGCCUGUGGAUGUCAUCGAAACGCCCGACGGUCCCGAGGAGAAAUCGACUGUGCCUUGUGACGAUGCAGGGCGUUUAUUAAACCGCGGGGAGGUGGGACAUGGGCGAGCCGAAGGAUCAUUAGCCACCACGGCUGGAGAAGUGGCCCAUGAAGCUUCAGCUGGAAACGAUGACAGCCAGCAAGGCCAGCACCAUGGUGGUGUCUCCCUUCAGGCUUUCGAAAACCAAUCGGAAUCCAAUGAUAGGCAAGUAGACGGCUCGCGACAACCUGAAACAACCCCAAGGGAACAACAGCACAGUGAUGUGAUGAACAAGACAGAGGCCAUCGAAGACAGUGGAGAGACCCGGCAGAACCAAGCUCGUGACAACAGUGAUGAUUCUGACGCACAGCCGAAUUCGUCAACGAAGAAGCAUGACCUCAAGCAGGGUGGCUCGGGCUUCGGCCACCAGGGAGAGCCCGCCCAGCAGUCUUUGGACGAUGCUAGCAGGCGUGACGCAGCCACGGAGGACUUGAAUCCUCGGGACACGACCAAUGUGCCGGACUCGGAGCAAAUUCGACAAGACAGCGGCGAGACUGACAACAGAAGCCUCGAUGGCAAUGAUCAAGUCCAGAAUGGCGAAGCUUCCGAAUCUCGAACGCCCGAGUACCAGCCUCUAGAUGUCUCACCAGAGGCCGUAGAGUCCGCCAGUGACCAAGAAGUCGACAAGAAGAUUGCUGGUCCGCCACGUUUGGAUCAAGGCGGUACAUGGGAGCCCCAGUCUGGCUCUGGAUCGAAAGCGGGACAAGUCGAACAGGACCACGCUAAUAACGGCAACGCAGCCCGCCAGCCAUUAUCACCUGGCCACCCGAGUCGGCAAUCGAACUACGACGGCGAGGGAUAUGGCGUGACACCGUCCAGCGAAUACAGCAAUGAUCCACUUGCAGAGUCAACGGCUCAGGAGCAAAUAGAGCCGCACUCUGCCAACCCUUCCACCGCCGCCCGCCAAUUUGAUACACCCAGUAACGACUCGCCAGACUCGGCCCAUGUGACUCGAAAUGAUGAGUCCUUGGAUAGUGGCUCGGAGACCUUCGAGACGCCACUCGAAUCCGCUGACUUUCACAAGCCCCAAGAAAGCAGUCGGUCUGUAACGUCGGGUAAUUUCACGCGGGCACUUGACCAUCUGCCCGAUGAAAGAUGACUAUGGUGAAGCUGUUGUCUAUCAGAACUCGGACGGGUCCGCUGAGAUCUCGCCAAGCGGGGAGAAGACAGUAUAUUCGACAAGGGGCGACGAGAACAACACAGCGCUUGGUGGCCAUCGCUCCUCGCUCAGUCUGGGCAGCGUGGGCCACCGCUCGCAGGGUAGCAUCAGCAGCAUGCGCGACAUGACCCCCGUGCGCCCCACGUUCGGUUCUUAUAUUGGAGGACCGAACGUUGUUCGUGCGGAUUGGGCAGCGGAGCACGAAGACCAGUUGCGCACACCCUCUUCAUUGAAUCCAACACCACAGCUGGGCCCAUCCACGACGCACGAUACUCCUGAGAUCAGUCCAUUCGCACUGCGCAAUACGCCAAUGCCAAGCCACGGCAGUGACCAGAGGGGAUUGAAUUCGAGCAUGUGGAACCCGGACAGGCCGCAGACGCCGGCUUCAGCAGCGGCGCAGAGCAAUAAUCCCUUCACGACGCCCCAGCGGCAGCCCGAGCCUGAAUUUGAUUCCUCUCUCUUCGUGCCACGUGACGUUACACACGGUCGCCAGGACUCUGUUCCGGCGUCAUUGCACAGCCAGACCACGCUCGACUCCUCAUGGUCGUCGCCGGUGCACUCGUCUCUACCCGUGGACAGGCAUGAGCCCGUGAUCCGUGAUAGCUGGCCGGCUCCGGCCCCUGGCUACCAGCAGUACCUUUCGAGCUGGUCAUCUCGACCACGCGGAGACACCACGAGCACUGCUGCCGAGUAUGAUCCCUUCAAGCCCGACAACGACCGUGCGCCUGGCGGCCAAGCUGCGAAGCAUCCCUCAAGCUACAAUCCGUUCCUUGAACGGGGGCGUGCCGAAUCUUCAGCCAGCACUGCUCCCAGCAAUCCGAGUGCAAGCAAUAGCCCUAGUCGCGGGAGUGCUUUGUUCGCCAAAAUGAGGAACAUUUUCGAAGGCCAGGGCCAGAAUGGCGCCAGCGACAUUCCUGCUAGUCCAGGCAAGACGCGACCUGUGUCAGGAGUAUUCCAUCCCGUGGCAUCUGUUCAGAGGAGGUCCCAAGACAGUGCCCCUGGGCACCGCGACGACGAGCGCGGUGGGUUCCUCAAUGAGGCAGAUCAUGAGAUUGAUGAGCGUAGUGCGUUCCUGAGGAGUGACGGGCAACCAUCGGGCCACUGAACACGCUCGGACCGAGGUGAAGAGACUAAGCAACGGUCAUGGCCUGUGGCAAGACCCAGGCUGAGGAAGGUUGUACAGACGAUCGACUUGCGGGCAGAGACGGCAGAUGACGUACACUCUGACAGGAUGGUCAAUGUGGCCGAGGGCAGGGUAAGCUCUGCGUACACGAUUAACCCGCAAGUAGAAUCGGACUCGGAGUUCCGUCUCGCUUGGCUGUGGGUGGAAGGUUGGAGGGCUCAGCUGCGCAAAGGCGGCGACACGGUCGAGAGGGCGAGGUGGGAAUGGAAGAUGGAUGAACUGCUGGGAAAUAGUCGGAACAAUAAGGCAAGGAAUAGUAUCCCGGACAUUGUGGCGAGACUACCGGGGGCCCUGAGAAAGAGUAGUAAUUGCAACCGAAGGAGGCGCCACGGCACAAGGAAGAGCGUGCACUGGCCGGACGAGGACCGCGGCCUGUUAAGCAUAGAUGAGCGUGCAUCUUGACUGGCUGUUUUCC